AUGAUUUGGCUUUACAUCACCAAUGCCGCAUAUCACACAACCACCGCCUUCAUCAAGAUCUCGCUACUCUUACAGUACCUAAGGCUGUUUCGUGAAGGCACUCGUCGCACAGUCUCUAUCGUACUGCUUGCGCUGGUUGUAACAUGGGGCUUGACAUUCUCCUUCAUGGCCUGGGUACCAUGCUUUCCUGUCUCUGGGUUUUGGGACAGAAGCAACGGUGCCAAAUGCUACGGCUUCGGGUAUCGCACCGUCAACGAGGCGAAAUACUCGGUACUUUCUUUUGCUGCGACGAACAUGUUGUUUGAUAUCGCAAUCUUUCUUGUUCCGCUCACGGAAUACUUCAGGCCAGACCUGAGACGAAAACAGGUUCUCGCCAUGACUGGGUUGUUCGCUCUUGGUUCCAUCGUCGUACUCAUGGCUAUCCUCCGUCUUUGGAGCACCUUCAAGCAUAGUCAAAGCAAAACCCAAAGCUUUGAUUUUACCUGGUGGUAUCCCGAAGUCCUGAUCAUCUCCUGCCUCGAAGUCGAUUUCGCUAUAAUGUGCGCAAGCAUGCCCAUAUUCUGGCCUACCGUCAUCGCAAACUGGAGUCACAUCUUUGUCACAAACGAAGUCCGCGUUACACACCACCAACGCCUCGCCGACGACAGCCGAGAUAAUUUCGAGUUAGUUAGGAACACGUCGUUGAAGAGCGUAGGAAGCGUGGAGGGGUUGGCAAGGGCGAGUGGGGAACAACAAGCGGUUUACAACGGAUUCGACCCGGAGACGGGUAAAGAUGGACGGUUUGCUAUCAUGCAAGUAGAAGUACAACCGCAUGCGCAGGAAUCGCGGAGACUCUGA